UGAAGAACACUGGACCCUCGCGAAUCUAGUGCGCUAGUCAGCAGAAGCAGACACAACUUUCACCAGGGUUGUGUUUAUUUACGCGAGCUGUACGGUCUCCAGAGCAAAGUUAGACUCCAGAAUUCAGCACCGGAGCUGUCCAGCCUCCGCGCCCUCAGCUCGUGCCUCGCAACGACGCUGUUUGCUCGGCUGCGGAAUAUUUGUUUGACAGUGUUACACACUUUACACUGACCGCCGCGAUUACACACGCAUAGCCUUCACUGACGAAAGCAAACCUUGAAAUGACUGCUGGCAGCGCGUGAGAGAGAGGAGCAGAAGAAAUCGAGUCCCAAGUACCGGAGCACCAUCCCAUCUCCUCCAGCCAUGGGUGUGCUAAUGUCCAAGAAGCAGCAGGUGGAGAAGGUACAGAAGUGCAGCGUGGUGGUGUCCGCAUUUAAAGACGGUCUGAAGGACCGGGCGGCUCCAGCAGCUGGGGCCCCGAAUGAAGAGGUCAUAGCCGAGAAUGGGGAUGGGUCUGCUGAUGGAUCCCACCAGGCAAGCAAGGAGCAGACUGAACAGAAAGACAAGGACAGCAAACCAGGGUCAUUACCAAAUCAGCAGGCCUCGGCUCCAGCCAGAGAGGAGCAUAAGGCCAAUCAGGAGGCUUGGGGGCGGCUCCGCGAUGGGAAGGGGGUGGAGCCUGAGGAUUUAAAGAAGGCACAUCAGCUCAUUCCUCCUGCAUUUGUGCGUCCAAAGAGAGAGGUCAACGACGACCAACCAUUAGACGUGUCGCUUGGGCAAAGAGAGCAGCCCAUCAACGAUGAGAUGUGCGAGGUGUGUGAGGUUUGGACGGCAGACGAUCUGUUCCCCUGCCGGAUGUGCACGCGGGUCUUCCACGACGGCUGUCUGCGGGAGAUGGGUUACCUGAGCACUGAAGCCCUGCAGGAGAUGAGAGAGACGGCCCACACCACCAGCGGCUGGAGCUGCUAUUACUGCGAUAAUGUGAACCUGCUGCUUACUGAAGAAGAGAUGUACAGUCUGAUGGAAACCUUUAAACAGUGCAAGAUCAUUCCAGAGUCGUGCCUGGUGUCAGAUGAACUCCUGCAGUACAGGCACUUUGUGACCAAGCAGCUCUUUGAAAGAAACUUGACGGAUGAGGAGGAAGAAGAGGUUCUGGCCCAGUUUGCAGCGCUGGAUCCUGACAAGAAGGGUCAGAUUGAGUGGUCGGACUUCCUCUAUCACGAGUCACUUUCAGUGCUGCAGAAGUUCCGGACUGAGAAUUCUCUGGUGAGAAUCCUCACAGCGAAGGAGAGGGAUCGAGCACGGGCCGUAUUUCAGAGUAUAGACCAGGACAAAGAUGGGAUCAUUACUGCCGGAGAAGCCAGAAAAGCCCAAACCUCCUGGUUCCACAAGAUUAACAAAGAAUCACAGUCCUGCAGUGUCAGACUCAUGGGAUUGUGUUCCCCUUUGUUCAGUAUGGGUAUCAGCCAUGUUGGUCCAAUAUCUGAGAGCAGUCCUGCCAGUUCCAGCAGCGAGAGAAGCAGAGAUAAAGCUUUGGAGAAUGACAACAGACCUGUUACCUGGGACAGCUUCCUGAGGGAGAGCGCCAUCUACAUCCUGGCUGCCAGGCCCAACAGCUCAGCCAUGCACAUCCGCUUACCACUCUAACCAUGGCCACAUAGCCUGAGACUGCCAGAGGGGCUUCCCAGAUCCAGAUUCAUGAGAGAGCAGUGCUUAGGAUUAAACCAAGAGUCUUCUGAGAGUCAAACGCAAAAGAGUACGCCACCACAUGCGAAGUCUGCACAAGCCAACGAAGGAUUCUUCCUAUAAUGCCACAAUCGAAUAGCGACACACUGUCAAAUUCAACGCUACUGAACAAUAGCACAUCCGACACUCACUUUUUAUGAGCUUGUAUGGUUUCGUUUUUGUGACCAAGUAAUGCUCAGAGAACCUGCUGCGAGAAACACUGUCACACAUUAGCAGAUUUACAGCACCACAGUGUUUGCAUAGUGUUUUUGAUGUUAACGUGUUGUAUCAAUUUUGAGUUGUGGCUCUUGUCGGAUGAGUUAAGAUCGAUGGAUCCAUGUGAGAGCAGUGGUCGAAUCAUUGCUGAUCUAAUUUCAGUCACCACAGAAUAUGAAUAUAAUAUAGUGGGCAACAGCGGUGCCACACAGAAGUCAAAGUGACAUGCUAUAUAUAGAUACUAUAUACAGUCUAUAUACAUAUAUAUAUAUGAUAUACAAAAUAUUGUAUGUGUAUUUAUUCCCAUACCUUCAGGGAUGGAUUAUGGACCGGGCCAAUGAGCUUCCAGACUGCCAGGGGCCUAAAGUUGAGACAUGGGGUAAAUUGUUGUUGACAGACAACUUGUAAUUAAGAUUCAGUAAUAAAAAGAUUGCCAUCAAUUAGAAUUUUCAGUCACUUGACAAAGUGCUUUUGCCAGUCAGAAUAAUAAGAAGCUAUAAUUCUUUUUUUCUUUUUCUUUUUUUCUGAGUGAAACUUGAUAUGUAAUGAGAAAAAAGUGGGGUGGAAUUUGACUGGAUUGUGAAAUAUGAUCUUCAUUUCUAAAACCUAGUGAGCUGCCAACUUAGGUAGUAUUUCAAGGCAAUAUAGGCAUCUUGUCUGCUCUAAAAUGUACAGGCAGCAUAAAUUACCAAAUCGAUGAACAUUAGAUUAAAAAAAUAUUUUUAUAUAAUUUAAAAAUAUUUGUUUAUGUAUAUAGAGUAUAUGGUUAUUAGAGUGCUGAUUUUCUAGCUAAUGUUAAUUCUAUUGAAAUGAAUUGACUAUUUAAGAUAAAUCAUUUGAACUUAUUCUACUUAUGAUCAGAUACUAAAAUAAAAUGGUUUUAAUUAAAGAUCUAAUUAAAAUUGAUUAUUUUACUCAAUAUUUGUUUGUCUGUAUGCGGCUAUUAGAGUAUUGCAUUGUUGACAGUUGCAACAUUUUGAUUCCAAACUCUAUUGAAAAUAAUUGAGUCAUGUAAUAGUUUUACUUUAAUUUAAAUCUAAUUUAUAUUUAUUACAUAACCCAAUAUUUGUGUGUUGUGUGUUUUAAAGCGUUCUUAGGAUUUAAAGUGCUGUAUCAUUAUUUUAGGAACUUCCAAACUCUAUUGAAAUCGAUUUUGAGUCAAGUUUCGGCAUAAAUAUGCUUCUUUCUGACAUACCUCAAUUAUAAAUAUUUCAAGUAAUAUAAUCUGAUAUAUGAUAAAAUAGAAAUAACGAUCUCUGCCCAAAUAUUUUUUGUAUAUUUUUAUAGGCUACCUGUAAGAGUGUUGUUAGCAUAGCAUUAUGCUAAUGCCAGACUCUGAAAUCAGUUGAGUCAUUGCAUAUCCUGUGUGCUUCAUUGAAUAAUGAUAGAUUAUAUGAAAAUCAAUUAAGAUUCAUGUUUAAGGUUUCACGUCAGAAUUCUGGCUUAAAGCAGCUCACUCAAUUUUGAGAAAUAAUUUCAAGUAGCAAUUGUGGAUUGUAAAGCCACAAUUACAAAAAAUAAGAUCUCAUGUAGUAUUUUUUGAUUUUUUUAAUCCCUGGGGAAAAGGUAUAAAAAAGUGGGGCCUAGUUAGGUCCAUAAUCCUUCCGUGCAUACCUUGUGUCAUGACCUGUUGUUUUAUUUUUGAUUUGAUGUUUCUUUUAACUUGCUAGUUUCAGAGCUAUUACACUUUACUGGGUCUGUAAAAAUGUAACACUUGUAGAAGUGACAUUACUCGGUGUUUAGCUAAAACAGCUGAUGCAAACAUACAAUCUACCAAAACACUCAAUGAAAAUGUUGAUAAUCAGGUUUAGAACUUACUGUCUAAACAAAACUGACUCAGAGACCUUCCUUCCUUGUUUAUUCGCGUUGGAUUAGUUAGAUCUAAAAAACACUUUCUAAUAUCUCAAACGUUUUAUUCGUAGGCGUUAAUCAUGCACACUUCUGUUAAAUGGCACCUGGUUUUACACUCAUUAUAUCAAACUGUAUGAGGGGUAUGGAACAUAUCCGCUCUUGUUUAUAUGGUCAUAUCCACUGUAUUCGCUUAUAGAACAUUUCUGUUGGAUUGCUCAAGGCAGUCAUUUGAAGGGACUGUGCAAUACUCUGAGUUUUGCUGGUAGUGCUGGAAAUAAAUGCAUGAUGUUAACUUAAAAAAUUACACUCAA